AUGGAGAGCAGCGACUUACUGAUAGAAGAGACAAGAGCGAAGAAGAAGAAGAGCUCAACCCGAUUACUAGGUAUGAUCCUCCUAUUCAUCUUCUCGAAAGUGGCAAUAUUCAAGGCGGCGUCCGUCUUCUUAAUGAUGGCGUUCUUCCAGAAGCUAUUCUAUCUGAUCGGGCUGUUCCUGAACUACUUCCUCAAGAGCAAGUCUAAAGGAAUGCCUUCGAAUGUUUACGGCCCGCCUUCGGAAUACAACACAGUCGGCUACAGCUACGGCCCACCGGAUAACGAUUUGCAUUCUAAGGAAAACGGCUACCCUGGUGCGUCUGAACUCAGUGGAGCCUUCGAUUGGUUGGUGAAUAAAAACGUGAAG